AUGCCGAACAAGCGCGUCAAAAGAAAUACCCGGUCGUCACAGAAGCUCCCUUCUCCGCCUCGAUCCGAGCAGGAUGCUGCAGUCGCAGAUGACGCUCAUUGUGUGGAAGACCCUGCGUCAGGCGGCGGGGGAGUCACAGAACGUCAGACUGAAGACCAUGACUCAGUGACGUCGGACCUUGCGGACGAAGACGAGAUGCCCGAGGAGACAGGGAGCACUGGCGCACAGCUGGCUAUGCAUGCGGCGGGAUACGCAGGCGGAAGCGGAGCAGGCUACAACGCGCUCAAGUCGUUCAACGGUCAAGUGUAUUCCGGGAUGGCCGUCGGAGGCUCGCAUACCUGGAAGUAUGAUGAGGGAACGUGGAAGGAGACGAAGGAGGAGCCGGACCUCUGGCGCAUUGAUUACCGCACAAACAAGCGACGUGCAAAAAGAGCGCCGGAGGGAAGCGGUGCACCGGUGGGGACGGAGUAUCACUGGUUGAUUGUAGGACAUCAGCACGUCAAGAAAGUCGAUGCGAAUACCUACGAGACCUAUCUGACCGGCUCGAAGUAUAAGCUCGCGUACAAGUCGGCCUCAUCGAACUCGUGGUCUGUUCCGACCGUGAAGAAACAGCGGGAGAGAGAGGUCGAGCUGCUGGAGGAUGCAAAGCAUCGCGUCCAGGGACUGCCUCCGGUGCUGGCAUCGGAGAAAGUCAAGGUUGAGAAGCAUGAGAAGGGGCAAACGAAGCUCGACACUAUGUUCGGCAAGGCGGGGACCAAGCGGAAGGCAUCCCAGGAUGCUGACAACGGAGAUGAAUAUGGAAAUAUAUGA